CUGUGCUCGUAUUGUGAUAAUGUGUUGAAAUUUGGGUGAAAAGUGAGCGAGAAGUGGGCGAAAAGUGGGAAGAUUGUGACAGACAAAGCGCACAACAGGUGAAAAAUGUCCAACCGGCUUCUCGCUGACCGGCUGCGCUUCGAGAACCCUGAGCAAUUCUCCAUCCUGGUGCGGAUGCACCUGUCCUUCGAGUUGGACCUCAACACGGAGGAGUUUGCGAACGAGCCAGACGAUCGGGGAAUCUUCCGGAAGCUCAACAGGCUGCACCGGAAGGCCAAGGGAUGCGCCUCUGCGAAGGCCGCCAGUCCCGUGGAUGGGCGCCGGCAGCCGCUGACGCCGGAAAUGCUGGAGCAGACGCAAAUGUUGAUGGAUUUCCUCACGCAGGAGCAGAACAUCAUCCAGGAGGGCAUUUUCCGGCGCACUGGGGCGCUCUCGCGGCAGACAGAGCUGAAGAAUGCCUUCUGCCAGGGCCAGAAGGUGGAUCUGUCGCUGGCGACGUUUACAGUGCACGAUUGCGCCAGUGUUCUUAAGGCUUUCCUGGCGGAUCUUCCGGAGCCACUGCUCACGGAUGCCUACCACUCUGCCCACUGUCAGCUGGCGCAGCUGAUGGCGUCCGGGACAGAGGGCCUGGACGCCAGGCUGACCAACUGUCUGCAACUGCUGCUCCUGCUGCUGCCGGAGGAGAACAGGCAGCUGCUCGAGCGCCUGCUGGCGCUUCUGCAUCGCACGACACUCUUCGUGAACAGCAACAAGAUGUCCGCCAGCAGCCUGGCCACGCUCUUCACGCCACACCUCAUCUGCCCCCGGAAGCUCAGCCCCGAGGCGCUGCACGCGAUGUCGCAGCAAAUGUCUCCAGUCGUGGCGUUCAUGGUCGCCCAAGGAGUCACUCUGUUCGAGAUCCCGCUGAAGCUGGCCACGGACAUCCAGGCGUACUUCGCGGAGCAGACGAAGAAGCGCUCCCUCACGCCCGGACAGGUGCUGGACGAGUCCAUCACGUCGGAUUCUACGGCGGCGACGGUUUACAGCUUCGUGGAUCGGGAGAAGACCGCUCAGGCGCACAAUUCCAACUACACCACAGACACGGCGCUGGCGCAGCUGUACGCACACAUCCAGAGCCUCCCGGAGUCGUCCAGGAAGCGGAAGCUCAUCAAGCAGUUCAACAAGGAGAAUGGCCAGGGCACGCCGCUGAUGAUGAACCGCGAGAAGAGUGCCAAAAUGUCCCUGGGCGACUCGAUAAAGCGGCACAUUUUCCACAGGAGUCUCCUGUCCAGGACGCCGAAGCGCUCCAGGACGCCGCUGAGCAACAUCUCAGAGACUCCGCCGCAUCCUUAUGGCUCAGAGAAAAGGCCCAAGACGCGCGUGCUCUUCCACACUGUUCAGCUGCCAUCCAGCGAGGUGGAAACCGCGGCCGGAACCGAGGAAUCGACGCAGAAGGUGGCGAAGGAGGAGCCAGAAGAGGCGCCGCGGCGACUGUCCAGGAAGUUCCCGUCGGAAUCGAAUCUGUGGAGUGCUGAGGAGCGCGGCAGCGGCGUGAGUGGCAGCCAGAGUCUGCCCGAUGUGUCAAGUGAGCGAUGCAUGCGAUUGUCCGGGAAGGUUGCGGAAGUGGGAAGUCUGAAUCACUCUGACGAGAGUUCGGAUAGGAGUUUGAUCUCGCCAAUCACCAAAUCCACGCGUCGGAUGCCCAAGUACAUGCAGGAGUCGAUAAUGACGCCCAGGUCGAGGAAACCAGUGAUGCUCCUGGGCGCCACGCUGGGCGGUUCGGUGUCGGAGGAGAGGAGCCGAGCGCUGGACGACUGCGACUUCCGGGAGGAGGAUGAGGAUGAGUACGCGUCGUCCGGGGAGAAGUCAGCGGAGAAGGGCGAGAGUCUGUCGAGUCCCUUUCGCGAUUAUCUCUUCACCCGGAGCGUCCUCACGGCCAGUCCGGCAGACUUGUCCUUCUCCAGUCAGCCCGACGACUUCGGCUCCGCCACGGACAUCCGCGAUCUCAGUGAGUCGGAGAUGAGCAAGAGUCUGCUGUUCUGUCUGGACGGGAAUCAGCCGCAGGGCGUGGAUUUGACCGCGAUAGACGACGAGGAUGUGACGCUGGACGGCGUGGUGGCCAAGAAGCGCUGCCUUCAUCCGCCAGGGGGUCUCGAUGAGACGUGCUUGUAA